AUGGUCAACAUCGACACGCUGUUCGAAGACUUUGCAAUCGCCCACGAGGAUCCGUCCGGUCCAAAUGGCUACCUCUUGGCUGGUUGCAUCUCACCCGAAGCACCUAAGCAUGACCAAGGACGACUGUACCACUUCCGCAAUGGCAUCAGUGCAUCGAAUGCGCAGACCGACAUUCGCUACAAACUGCAAUACAACCCUGCGCUUCACCUUGAUAAAAAGGAGACCAGUACCUGGACUGACAUUCUCACUUGCUAUCACAAAUUCGUGGGCAGCCUUCUUGCCGCAGAGGAGCUGCAGAACGUUGGCAGAACCAACGAAGCAGAAUGGGCUCAGGUGUACGAUGAAUGGAAAAAGGUCGUCAACACCAUAUACCAGGGCUACACGAACCAGGCGUUGCAGGCCUGGACCAUUCCUUGUCUGUAUGUGGGUGUGAAGUACUUGCGGGUAUUUGCUAUCAAGGCCGACGAAAAGUCCGCCAGCCAGCGAGAGAGCGGCAUGACUUUCGGCGGCAUCACAGAAGAGGACGCCUAUGACCCGGAUAGCGCCAACGAGAAACUCGAAGACGCUGCACGCCAGAUCAAUCGAAUCUUUGGAUUGUGCAUUGGCGACCGCAAUCCUGUUGAGGACUCACGCAAGUGGGCGCUCUAUUACAUCGCCUCUGCGCUGUUCAAAACUCACUUCAAACUCAACCAUAUAUCCUUGUCGAAGAACAUUCUGAAGUCGCUGCAGUCUCAAGCCGACAUGCCGCCUCUUUCCCAGUUUCCCAAAAGUCACCAAGUCGCUUUCAACUAUUACCGCGGAGUCAUUCACUUCGUCGACGAAGACUACAGCGCUGCCCAGGACUGUCUGGAAGAGGCAUAUCAAUUGUGUCAUGUCAAAGCAACAAAGAAUAUACAGCUAAUCCUGACAUAUCUUAUACCGACAAAGCUACUGACUUCCAGUAAGCUGCCUUCUGCGGCACUGCUGUCACAAUAUCCGGGGCUCGCGAGAUUAUUUCAACCUCUUGCCGAAGCUAUGCGAAAGGGGGACUUGGCAGCAUUCAACACGGCCCUCGAGAAUGGCGAGGAAGAAUUUGUGAAGCGCCGCAUCUAUCUCACUCUCGAGCGUGGGCGCGAUGUCAUACUGCGCAACAUAUUCCGGAAAGUCUUUUUAGCCGGUGGUUAUGAGCCACCGAAGGAGGGCGAGACGGCACCACCAUUGCGGAGGUCGAGAGUGCCCUUGGACGAAUUUGCAGCUGCACUGCAAAUGGCGGGCGCAGAGGUGACCAAUGGCGACCAAGGAUUUGACUACGACGAGGUCGAGUGCUUGAUUGCGAACGCCAUAUACAAGAACCUAAUGAAAGGCUAUAUCGCAAGAGAACGACGUAUUGUCGUGCUGGGCAAGAAUGGUGCCUUCCCAGGCACAGGAGUAUGACCACUGCCUAAUACAGUUGCCAACCAGUGCUAUCAUUGAGAAGCCGGGAUGCCAGCCUUGCGAUCCGCAUCAAGUGUCGCCACCUCGCUGGAAGGAAUGCAACAUGCGUUAUGCAUAGCAUACGGUCUGGUCCAUAGAUCGGGGUCCUCGCCGUGAAUCAUCCAGCACGUACCAACAUUACAUCGCCCGCGCUAGCAGUUCCCGCAUGAGUCACGACUGCGCUACUGAAGCUGGACUUGGGUCGCCCCUGGUAUACUUUGGUGAUCACUGGCAAGGGUCGCAGAACAUGCUCGCGUGCCUGAAAAUCCUGAAAUUCACGGCGACGGCAUCGCUCACUGAGGUAAUAAUGAUAUGGCCAUGUCGGCAUACAUGUAUUGCGGGAAUGUGUCUCACUCAAGACUGCUAGCAAGAAGGUCAAAAGCAAGAGACG